GCCAAUGAAAUGCAAACGGAGUCACUCUGUCACUUGGCCUAUAAAAUUAUAUUGAUUUGCUGUUUAGAAACAGAGAUAGCAAGAAAUUAGAUAUGGAGUCCUUAGACGAGCUCCAUAAGCCCAUCUUACGCUCCAUCGAGCCUGAGCCCUUGCCAUUGCCACUGCAGGUAGGUGGCGUAAGCACGGAGCUGGAAAAGGUGUUGUCAGAUACAGAAUUACCCUUACUGAAUCGUGUCCGAACUGCAACUUGGAUUGAGCUCAAGCUUUUGUUCAGAUUGGCUGCACCAACCGUGCUUGUAUACUUGAUCAAUAAUUCCAUGUCUAUGUCCACCAGGAUCUUUGCUGGUCAGCUUGGAAACCUUGAGUUUGCAGCUGCCUCUCUUGGUAAUCAAGGCAUCCAACUCUUUGCCUAUGGUCUCAUGCUGGGGAUGGGAAGUGCAGUAGAAACUCUCUGUGGACAGGCUUAUGGAGCACACAGAUACGAAAUGCUUGGAGUUUAUCUGCAAAGAUCAACGAUAGUCCUCACUCUGACUGCCCUGCCAAUGACCAUUGUCUACAUUUUCUCCAAGCAAAUCUUACUUGCACUAGGUGAAUCAACGGCUGUGGCAUCAGCCGCAGCCUUGUUUGUCUAUGGCCUAAUUCCCCAGAUCUUUGCCUAUGCCGUAAACUUCCCCAUACAAAAGUUCCUGCAGUCACAGAGCAUCGUGAUCCCAAGUGCAUGCAUAUCAGCAGCCACACUGGUUGUGCACCUAGCCUUAAGUUAUGUUGCAGUGUACAAGAUUGGCAUGGGUUUGAUUGGCGCAUCACUGGUGCUCAGCUUGUCGUGGUGGAUCAUUGUCGUGGGCCAGUUGGUUUACAUUCUGUUGAGCGACAGGUGCAAGGCCACGUGGACAGGGUUCCGGUGGGAAGCAUUUAGUGGGAUUUGGGAGUUUGUCAAGUUGUCUUCUGGAUCAGCUGUUAUGUUGUGCUUAGAGACAUGGUAUAUGCAGAUUUUAGUCUUGAUCUCUGGGCUGCUUGAGAAUCCCGAGCUUUCCCUGGAUGCACUAUCUGUUUGCUCGGCAGUGAAUGGGUUAAUGUUCAUGGUUUCAGUUGGAUUCAACGCGGCAGCAAGUGUGAGAGUUGGAAAUGAGCUUGGAGGUGGAAAUCCCAAGUCUGCAGCAUUUUCAGUCUGUGUAGUGAAUUUAGUAUCUUUUAGUAUAGCUGUGGUGGAAGCUAUCGUCGUGCUUUCAUUGCGCAAUGUUAUUAGCUAUGCUUUUACUGGUGGUGAAACUGUCGCCAGAGCCGUCUCUGAGCUCUGCCCUCUCCUGGCCGUGACCCUUGUUCUCAAUGGCGUUCAGCCUGUUUUAUCUGGUGUGGCGGUUGGGUGUGGAUGGCAAGCGUUUGUGGCCUAUGUGAAUGUGGGGUGUUACUAUGGCGUGGGAAUUCCAUUAGGCUGUCUUCUCGGAUUCAAGUACAAAUUUGGUGUCAAGGGAAUAUGGAGCGGAAUGAUUGGAGGAACAAUGAUGCAGACCCUUAUCUUGCUCUGGUCUACGUACAGAACCGACUGGAAUAAAGAGGUGGAGAAAUCCAGAAAGCGGCUGGACAAGUGGGAAGGAAAUGCGCAAGAAGCUCUAGUUAAGGAAUGAGAUUACUUGUCAGAUUUUUAAGUAGCGGCCAAGCCAUUUAAUAAUAAUCUCUCCUUUACCCGAAAUUCACGAUAUUCAAGUUUCUGUAUCCAUUAAGUGAUUAACUUGGUGCCUCAUAAGCGUUUAUUUUGCAA